AUGCCGGCCCGCUUGGGAACUUGCUUUGCAUGGCUGAUCCUCCUGCCCAGCGCUGUGUGUCUUAACCGGGAAGAGCUCUCUGAUGACUGCCAAGUGCCGGCUGUAAACCUCUUGCAAGCAAGACUUGAUCAGACCCUGUCCAUACAAGAUGUGCAGAAGCCGUGGGAUGUGCACAUGUACCUUGUCGGCACCACCCACAAAGCAGGGACAUCACUGCUCAUGCAGGUGAUGGGCGGUGCCUUCCAAACUCUGGGGGCCACUUACUCCUGCCAAGUUAUGCCAAAUAUUUGGGGGGAAUUGGUUACAGAGGAUGGCAACCACACUUGUGCUGAUAGUCCAGAUGCCACCAUCCGCUUUGACAUAGACGUGACCCAGGAAAGCCUUGAGAGAGUUCGAGAGCUCUCUGGCCCACGGGGGAUGCGGGGGGUGAUGACCAUCCGGGACCCCGCCGCCAUGCUGGCUUCUGCCUACUGCUACCACCACCGCGGGGAGGAGUAUGACUUGUGGCCGUACCCGGAGAUCACAUCCAUGGGUCCGGCUCAGGGGAUGCGCCUGCUCUCCGAAGACAUGCUGCGUAUUUUCGGGCACAUGACAGAGGCCUUUGAGGCCAGGCAGAACGAUACCUUUGUGGUGCGCUAUGAGAACAUCACCCGGUCCUCGGGGGACUUCGACUACAUCGUGCGGGAGGUGAUGGCUUUUCUUUUCAAUGGUCUGAUCACACCUGAAGAGCAUGAUCUCAUACUGGCAAAAGCCCGGGAGGCGGAUUUGAACAGAGAGACUGAUCGCAACUCGACCGGUAACCAAUAUCGUGCCGAUCACACCAACGACGAAGAGUGCGAGAAGACAGCAAUGUUGGUACUCCCUUCGCUGGAGGAGAUCUCUGCCAAUAUCACGAGGCUUCAACGCCGCUUGCACUACGCUUGA